AUGUCAGCUGACAUGCAACAGUCUGAAGAGACAGUGCAGGAUGAAGAUGCAGAUAUUGUCGAUGGCACAGCUUCCGCGAUUUCUAACAACAUUACUCUAGGAGCAUCAGCGCCCAGCAUUACAGCCACGAUCGAAAGUCACGGAACUCCCAACGCUAACACUACAAGGUACUCAAAUGGUGCGACAGCUUCACCGGAUCCAAUGAGCGAGUCAGCUUCCGCAGCACGACGCGGCCUCCGUGCACGCCGGCCUGCACAGCAGAGGCCCUACUCCUUCGAUGCAGAAAUUUUCGAAGGAAGCGAUGUUGACGCUAUGGAAGAGGAGUCCAUGGUCCAAGAAACGCCCGGUAUCCAAAGCAGGAGGGUCUCGAUUGCCUCGGUCAGCAAAGAGCCGCUUGGACAGCUAGAUGACGAAACUCUUGCCAUACUUCAGGGCGGCGUGGACAGAGAGCCCGAAGCAGAGCGAGAUUCAUACGGCCGAUCGAAACAUUUCAAGGGCAAAGGUCGAGCCUGGAAGAAGGAGGGAUCUGACGAAGACCACGAGUUCAACCCCGGCAAGAAAAAGUCUGCCAAAGCGAAGGCCAAAGCCAAAGCAGCUGCAGCAGUAGCAUCGCAGCCACCAAGAAAGAGAGGCAGGCCCAAGAAGAGCAUCAUAUCUGAAGACAUUGUUCGCGAUGAUUCGGAUGAAGAAGCGUUAACCAAGCCAGAGGAUGGCAGCCCAGCACCCGGAGCACCGGACAGCACUGCGAAGAAGACCAGGAAGCCUUCACGCAAGAGCAUCCUAUCCGAAGAGCUUGUGAAGGACACGGAUGAAGAUGAGGACACCAUGGCUGCUGCUCACGCCAGCGUAGCCACGUCUGUGCCCGAAGUUUCAACGCCUGUGCCCAAGAAGCGAGGACGCCCGAGGAAGUCAGACCAGAGCCUGAGCUCAAAGACGUCUGUUGCUGGAAACGAAGAGCCCCAAGAGUCUGCGUCGUUCACGCCAAAGGGCACCCUAACAAAGUCCAACACGCCAAAGGGCGAACCCGAAGAUCCUGUUGUGUCUGUCGAAGAAGCCAUGCCAGUGGCCAAGACUGUCGAACAAGACCCUCCCGCGCCGGUUGAGCCUGUUGAUAUCGAAGCACAUAUGGCUAGCGUCAAUGCAGAGGAUGAUGACGAGGAGUUGUGUGAGUAG